CAAAGGGCAGUAAAUAGUGGUGAUGUCAGGCGGGCAAGAUGGCGGAAGGGGAGGAUGGAGGCUGGUGGAGAAGCUGGCUGCAGCAGAGCUACCAGGUUGUCAAAGAGAAGUCCACAGAAGCCCUGGAAUUCAUGAAACGGGACCUAACUGAAUUCAGCCAGGUGGUACAGCACGACACAGCAUGUACCAUCGCAGCCACUGCCAGCGUGGUCAAAGAAAAGCUGACUAGUGAAGGUUCUUCAGGAGCAACAGAGAAGAUGAAGAAAGGACUUUCUGACUUUCUUGGAGUGAUCUCAGACACAUUUGCUCCUUCCCCUGACAAAACCAUCGAUUAUGAUGUUGUCACCCUGAUGGGCACACCUUCAGGAACCACUGAACUUUAUGAUAGUGCCAAGGCCCGUCUGUACAGCCUGCAGUCAGACCCAGCGACGUACUGCAACGAGCCCGAUGGGCCUCCAGAGCUGUUUGACACCUGGCUAUCUCAAUUCCAUUUGGAGGAGAAAAAGGAAGAGAUCUCCAAUCUGCUCAUCAGCAGCCCCUCCAUCCGGGCUCUCUAUACCAAGAUGGUCCCAGCAGCUGUUUCCCACUCAGAAUUUUGGCACCGAUACUUCUACAGGCUCCACCACUUAGAACAGGAGGAGGCCCGGAGGGAUGCUUUGAAGCAGCGGGCAGAACAAAGUGUUUCUGAGGAGCCAGGCUGGGAGGAAGAGGAAGAGGGACCCUCAGUAACAUCUCAGCUGGACGUGCAAUCCCAAGAAGAGGAAAGAGCUGCUAUGCCAGGCCCCGCUCCACCUGCUGAGGGUUUGGCCAGCCAUCCUCAGAGUCCUUCUGAGGAGAGUGUGGGAAUUGUGGCUACGCCCUCAGCAGAGGUCACCCCAUCGGAGAGUAGCGAGAGUGUCUCUCUUGUGACCCAGGUGGUGAACCCUGCUUUUACACCUGAAGCCCCAGCACUGGUGCAGACAGCCCCUGCUAAGGACCUCUCCCAAAAGCUUUUGGAAGCCACUUUGGAAGACCAGGUUCCCCCAGCUGAUGCAGGAGAGACGGGCCCACCUCCUGUGGAACGGCCCAAGCCUUCAACCCCCAGUGGGCGUCCAGGCGGCUCUGAACCCAAGCCAGGGAUCAGAGUAGAGACUCUCAGAGAGGAGGGACCGGCAGACUUACGGGUGUUUGAAUUGAACUCGGACAGUGGGAAGUCCACGCCUUCCAAUAAUGGGAAGAAAGGUUCCAGUACGGACAUCAGUGAAGACUGGGAGAAGGACUUUGAUCUGGACAUGACUGAGGAGGAGGUGCAGCUGGCUCUGUCUAAAGUUGACGGGUCUGGAGAGCUGGAAGACGUGGAGUGGGAGGACUGGGAAUGAGGCAGGAGGGCUUGGAGAGAGCAGCUCCUCCACGCGGGCCCCCACCUCCCUUCUUGGCCUGGUCCUGGAUGGCACCAUGGACGCUCCUCCAUCACCCAAUGCUGUCUGUUCCAUCUUCUGAGUACACCCCAUGCCCCUCUCCUGGAGAGAAGUCUCUUCCGGGGUGAUGUCUCUGAGGCCAGACAGUGUCAUGUGACCUGUGCCAAUUCUUGGAUUGGGGGGAGGGGAAUCCUACCACCACCACCACCACCACCACUGAAGAGCCCUAUUUCUCUGCUGUAAAUCCACUGCCCUCAGGCAGUACCUGCAGUGGCCUCCUGUCUGUCUGCCUGCUUGUGUGUGUGGAAGCUAAACCUAGCCCCAGUGGUGCCCUUUGCUCACCUGCUGUCCCCUCUGUGUCCUGUCUUUCAGCUAAAAGAAAGGAGGGGGCAGCUUGUGAAAGCCCCUCUCCUGCCUUAGCACCAUUUCCUUCUUUUCUCCUCGUGUCUUUCCCCACCCUACCAUAGGUGGCCUUCUUUGUCUGACUCUACUGGUUGGGGGAGCGAAGGGUGACAUACAUUCACUUGUCCUCUGGGGAAUGUGGGGGCUUCCUGUCCCUUAGUAAAAGACUGCUCAUUUGUGGGAAAUGUCCAUGUCUUAGGGGACUCCUCUUCCUGUGCCAGGCCUUUUCUUCUCUCUUCAUAAGGCUCAAGUGAUCUUUGUUUUUCCGAUUCUAAGUAGGUACUAUAGCCGCUAUUGGGGACCAAAUGCUGCCCGCCACCACCAUCGCCACAGUCCUGGUAUUUCAGAACCACCCCCUCCCCCAGUGCCUCUUUGGUAGCACCAGGCUUUUCUGUCUGUGAGGACACGCUUCUGUGGCCACCCUGAGCCAGGAGGAGCAGCCUUCAAGUUCUUCUCUUGUUCCUUGGUGGGGGGUGGGGGGACCUUCUCCACUCCUUUUCCUUGGAGUCUAGGAAACACACCAUGUGGAAUGUAACUGCUUCACAAGCAGGAGAGCAGGUACAGUCACAGGCCCUGAGAACCCUCUUCCAGCCUUCGUUGGGUAAGCCAUGGGACACCUCCACCCCCACUGCUUCCCCUUGGGGCAUGUGUCGUGGGGCCUCCUGACAAUAUUUGGCUAAAUGUCCAUGGUUCUGGGGACAUAGGGGGCUGCUGUCUUCAUGCUCUCUUUGCCUCCUUCUCUGGGUGCGGAGGGGUUUGCCAGGGUUCCUCAACACCCUAGUGCUGCUUCCUGCUGCUGUCCUGUGGAUUCAUGUACAUAGGCCAGUGUGUUUGACAACCAUUUUAAAAGGGUCUCCAAGUCAUGGGGUAAGGGGAGGGUGGCAAUCAGUCAUGUUCAUCAAGAAAGUCAAGUUGGGGAAAAUGCUGAAUCUUUC